AUGGAAGAUUCCAAAGUAACUGUUUUUAGCAGAUCCCGCUUGAACAAAAGUCAACCGAUCGAUAUGGUUCUGGGUGCUCGACACUUCUAUUCAUUCUUUCCCAGCGCUGCACGCAUUCACCUUGAUAGUAACCUUCCGCUUUUGGUUGACAGUGUCUUUGGCUGGAUCAUCGCGGGUUCUGCUAACUCGUAUUCCAACGAUCAGAUUACUACUUCAUCCACUUCGUGCGAUGCAACCGUUGUUUCAAUGAUUUCACUAGAAGAUUAUCUGGAAAAGUUUUGGAAGACCGAAGAACUGGCUAACAACGAUAGAACCCCGAAGGCCGGUAUGAAAUUCGCUACCUCCCGAAAACCCGAUUUCGAUGCAAUGUUAGGCGAAUCCCGAAGCAACGCUCAACGACGUUUCGAGUGCCUGGAAAAUCGUUUGGAACGAAAUCCGCAUCUAAGAAACGAUUAUCAUCAGUUUAUGCGAGAAUAUCUCGCCCUCGGCUACAUGCGACUGGUCGAAAAAGACGACGAACGAAAUUCUCAAGUCUACUAUCUACCUCACCAUCCCGUAAUUAAGGAAGCAAGUUCUACGACUAAACUCAGAGUCGUGUUUGACGGAUCUGCGAAGACUUCUACCAGCUUCUCUCUCAACGAUGGUCUUUGCGUCGGCCCUUGGUGCAGGAAGAUUUGCUGA